GGAUAGUUUUCCUUGUACAUUUUAAGUUGGCUUCACAACAUAAACUGUGUUAUAUUAAAAAAAAAAAACAGUAAAAUGUUUUAAUAGUCACCUUCCCUUUAAAUUACAGUGGACAGUUUAACCCGAAGGUUGUGGAAUAGUUUCAAAACCAGUGAGGAGGUGAACCGAGCCAAACAAAAACAAAUGUAAUCAUCUAAAAUCGAUCUCACUUUUUGUUUCACUCAGCUGUAUUUGCAGAACUUUAAGCCAACAUAAAGUUCAUUUUGAAAGGUUCCUGACUAGUUUGAUUUCCAUGUUACUGCACAGUUCUUUUUCUGGCUCCCAUCCAGUUUUUCUUCUUCAUGGCUUUUCCUCACAUGCUUUCCCAUGUGUAUUACAGUGUUGGUGUGCAAGGCUUUAAGUUACAGUUUUUGAGAGUAAUCCAUUUCCAUGGAGCGUGCCAAGCCUUUACUCCAAUGACAGGCUUUGAUUAUGAUCUCAUAGCCUCCUCCAGCACUGUUCUUCAGGACAAAUCUGGCCUCCCUCAGCUCAACAGCAUCAGCGUUUUUACAUUCAAAUCCCAUUUCGACACUCAUUUGAUGUUAUUGAGACUAAUUAACUACAUCCAUAAGUCAUAUUUAGUGUAGAAACAUUGGUCAGACCCUCCCUGGCCUCCUUAGGGAGAUGUGUCACACUUGGCGUAAGUGUUACCCGAGCGGGCCUGCCUUUCCCUUUUGACACAGACCGGGAUUUAACAACCUCCGAACCAAAAGAAACACCCUGCGAGCAGCUGACAGUGCAUCUGCUUGAGGAGAACAAGUACAUCCGGAUGUGUCUCUGAUGUACAUACAUAGCAUGCCCCAUUCCUUGGCUAGCAUGGGAACCUCUGUUUGCUGCUAGACGACUUCUCUCAGAGGGGAACGUUUGGGUAUGGCUGCAUAAACAAAGCUAAAGACGCCUAUACUUCAGAAGCAGCAACAACUGCUGUAACUUGAACUGGUGGGGGGGGUGAAUGAAUUAGUGAUUUUAUUUUUUUUUCCACUCGUGAGCACUUCAAGCGUAGCACUCCGUUUGUGGUUGAGAGAAGGGAAAGAGGAAGGAGCGGCUAGUCUGGAUGAUUGGAGUUGAGUUGAGUCAAGCAGCACAUGCUGAGCUCCACUGUAUUUUCUUCUCUUCCUCUUUGGAUCUACACCACCUUGUUUCGAAGACCCUCAUCGAGCAGCCAGGCAGGAAAUGCCCUCAUGUUGAAUCUGAUGUGGAAAUACUGCAUUUCGGUGCGGACCAUAAGUGUGGAAGGUGAGGCUCCGGGUGGUGAGGCGGGCCCCUCUCUAGAGAACAGUGGUGGUUAUUUACGAGGGCCGGUGAGCCGCAGUGCCAUCAUCAGUGGCGAGCACUUCGACGGCCCACCACUGUAUGCUCACGACAUACGGCAGCGCCCACGGCGACCCAAACUCCAGCAUUCCCAAUCGAUCCUUCGCAAACAGGCAGAAGAGGAGGCCAUCAAACGCUCACGAUCACUCUCUGAGAGCUAUGAGCUCUCAACUGACCUCCAAGACAAACAGGUGGAGAUGCUGGAGCGGAAGUAUGGAGGGCGCUUUAUAACCCGACAUGCUGCACGAACAAUCCAGACUGCCUUCCGCCAAUAUCAGAUGAACAAGAACUUUGAGCGCCUCAGGAGUUCUAUGUCGGAGAACCGCAUGUCCAGACGCAUAGUUUUGUCCAAUAUGAGAAUGCAGUUUUCGUUUGAAGGACCUGAAAAAGUCCACAGUUCAUAUUUUGAGGGGAAGCAGGUGUCUCUUACAGACGAUGGUUCUAAACUAGGAGCCUUGGUGCAAUCGGAGCGUGGGGAGAUGGUCCCCACCAACAUGAAGUCUCCUGCAGUCCAGAGCGAUUUCACAGAUGCCAUUACAGAGCUGGAGGACGUUUUCUCUCGACAAGUGAAGUCAUUGGCAGAGUCAAUAGACGAUGCUCUUAACUGUCGCAGCCUACAUGGAGACGAGGGACAGCCAGAGCCAACCAGAGGUCAUCCAGACAUGGAGCAAGAGGUUACCUACCAGGUCAAGCCUUCUCACAGUAGUGACCACCGUAAGCGAGAUGAGAUGACAGCUUCCUACAGUGACGUGACACUUUAUAUAGAUGAGGAAGAGCUCUCCCCUCCACUUCCUUUAUCACAAUCAGUUGAUAGACCUUCUAGCACAGAAUCAGACCUCCGUCUACGUUCUUUGAACUCACAGGACUACUGGUCUCUAGCUCAUAAGGACGAAAAGGGCGACACGGACACUAGCUGCCGAAGCACUCCAUCUCUAGAGUGUCAAGAGCAGAGACUGAGGAUAGACCACCUUCCCUUGCUUACAAUUGAACCUCCCAGCGAUAGCUCGGUUGAGCUGAGCGACCGUUCUGACCGAAGCUCACUCAAGAGGCAGAACGCUUAUGAACGGGGCAUUGCUAGUCAGCAGGGCAGCCCAAAACACAUCCCCUCUCAUGCACUACCACCAAGGGGACCGGCAAGAGAUGAUGACGCUCCUAGGCAUCGGCCAAGGCAACUGGAGAGCCACCUGGCAAUCAACGGCACUGCCAACCGGCAGAGCAAAUCCGAGUCUGACUUCUCCGAUGGCGAUAACGACAGCAUCAAUAGCACUUCCAAUUCCAAUGAUACCAUCAACUGCAGUUCAGAGUCCUCCUCCAGGGAUAGUCUUCGAGAGCAGACUCUCAGCAAGCAGACGUACCAUAAAGAGACACGCAACAGUUGGGACUCACCUGCGUUCAGCAAUGAUAUCAUCCGCAAGAGGCACUAUCGUAUUGGCCUGAACCUUUUUAACAAGAAACCUGAAAAAGGCAUCCAGUACCUGAUUGAAAGAGGAUUUGUCCCAGACACACCUGUGGGAGUUGCCCAUUUCCUGUUACAGAGAAAAGGGCUGAGUCGACAGAUGAUUGGCGAGUUCCUGGGCAACAGGCAGAAACAGUUUAACAGAGAUGUUCUUGACUGUGUGGUAGAUGAGAUGGAUUUCUCUGGAAUGGAGCUGGAUGAAGCCUUGAGAAAAUUCCAGGCACAUAUCCGGGUGCAGGGAGAGGCACAGAAAGUGGAGCGACUCAUUGAAGCCUUCAGUCAGCGCUACUGCAUCUGCAACCCUGGGGUGGUGCGUCAGUUUAGGAACCCAGAUACCAUCUUCAUCCUGGCAUUUGCCAUUAUACUUCUCAACACGGACAUGUACAGUCCAAACGUGAAGCCAGAGAGGAAGAUGAAACUGGAGGACUUUGUAAAGAACCUUCGUGGGGUGGAUGACGGAGAGGACAUCCCAAGAGAGAUGUUGGUGGGCAUCUAUGAGCGAAUCCGUAAACGAGAGCUUAAAACUAACGAAGACCACGUCUCCCAGGUACAGAAGGUGGAGAAACUCAUCGUUGGCAAGAAGCCGAUCGGGUCUCUGCACCAUGGCCUUGGAUGUGUGCUGUCUCUACCACAUCGCAGGCUGGUAUGUUACUGCAGGCUGUUCGAAGUGCCAGACCCUAACAAACCUCAGAAACUGGGUCUCCACCAGAGAGAGAUCUUCCUAUUCAAUGACCUUUUAGUGGUCACUAAGAUUUUCCAGAAGAAGAAGAAUUCGGUGACGUACAGCUUCAGGCAGUCCUUUUCUCUAUAUGGGAUGCAGGUGCUUCUGUUUGAAAACCAGUAUUACCCCAAUGGAGUGCGUCUCACUUCAGCUCUUCCGGGCGCAGACAUCAAGGUUCUCAUUAACUUCAACGCCCCCAACCCGCAAGACCGCAAGAAGUUCACAGAUGACCUGCGGGAGUCCAUCGCAGAGGUGCAGGAGAUGGAGAAGUACAGAAUAGAGUCCGAACUGGAGAAGCAGAAAGGUGUGGUACGUCCCAGCAUUUCCCAGAGCUCAGGGCUGAAGAAAGAGACAGGAAAUGGCAAUCUGAGUCGCACCAGCCUGGAUGACAGUUACGCCAUGGGUGAAGGCCUCAAGAGAAGUGCCCUCAGCAGCUCCUUACGUGACCUUUCAGAUGCAGGCAAGCGGGGGCGCCGCAGCAGUGCAGGAUCUCUAGACAGCAAUAUGGAAGGGUCCAUCAUUAGCAGCCCCCACAUGCGGCGUCGAGCCACUUCCAGCCGCGACUGCCCCUCCCGCCAGCAGUCCAUCCCCAACUCCUCUUCUCUCCUGGGCUCCCUGUUCGGCACCAAGCGGGGCAAGUCGCCCUCUCUGCCUUCCCAGUCCUCACACCCCUCCCACCCGACACUCAUCUCUCACACCCCGCACCCUACUAACCUGCACCACACGGCCCGCGAUGGUGUCACUGAGACCCAGGCCCAGAUGCACUCUCACCACGCUCAGUUUUGCCACAUGCAGAAUCCUCCUCCGUACCACCACCACCAUCACUACCACCCCCCAGCGCACGUUCAACACCCACCCCACCAGUACCACCCUCCACCCGGCCCCUCGUCCUCUCACAGCCACUCGCACGGUCCCCACGGCCACGGGCCACACCCCUCGCACCCCUCCCACUCCCAGCAUGCACCUCACCACCACAACCAACCUCCGGCCCCUCCUCCAGCGGCCAGCAGCACCAAGCCAAAACACAGCGGCAUCAGCACUGUGGUUUGAGCCCCUCCACAAACUCUUUCCACUUGGGAAUGGGACCGUUUUUGGCGUGGUGACCGUUGGGCCUCUCUUUAGAUUGUAACGUGCGACGGAUUGUUGCUGCCUACAAGGACACGACCAAAAGGGCACCAUGACUCACGUUUCAACUCAUCCAGCACCCGUUUCCUCUGGAAAGGGGAGCCACACUGUGUAGCACCGGUCUUCUCUUUUUGAGCGGCUAGAACUCAAAUCAUCAGUUCUUACCAGUCAUUGCUCAAGCUGUAGAGCCCCAGAUAAAGCUGCUGCUGCUGCUGCUUCUUUUAGGCUCAAUUUAGAGACUUUCAACCCUCUCGACUUUGGCGGUGAAGCAAGAGCAUGCGCAAAAGACCAGGGCAACUGUUUUCUUGUACUUAAUUACCUAAAUGCAUUAUCAAAUAGCCUGCUUAUUAGUUUGCAGAAACUAAACUAUGGUUUGAGAGAAGUCAAUCACAAUGAGUGGUGUUCCAGUAUUUAAUGUAGCUGUAGACCACACAUUUCUGUGAUAUAGUUAGGGGACUAUAACGUGCCAAUUAUUCAAAAGCAGUGAACGAGUUAUUCCAAAAAAAAAAAGAAAGAAAGAAAAAGAAAAAAGAUUUACUUUGUCUAUGUCGUGCAUAUAGUAUUUUGUAAAAUCAUAAUAAUAAUAUUAGCAGCUGUUAUUAUUAUUGUUAUAGGAAAAAAAUUAUCCGAAGCCUCAGAUAAAAUCUCAGUAUUCUCUGUGUACUCUCGACGUAGGAGUUACUAGUUUUCACUGAUACUGAACUCAGUAGGUGGCCAGUUGAACAACAUGGAAAUUAUUGGUUGCCUUGGAGUUGGCAAAUUCUUCCAGAAUCGGCGGCUUGUGCUCGCUCCACCUUCUUUUGGGAUCUACGUAGCGCAAACCAAUCACAUGGACUGUGGGAAGGGUGAGGGCGGAUAGGGGAGCUCAUGGAUGGAUCCUCCACGGCCUCGACUCGUCGGUCCCGGCCACUGCUGCAACAUGGUUUUAUUUUUUUAACUAUUUUUUUAGAGAUGAAUAAAUCAAUAUGAAAUAAAUGUACAUUUGAAGAUGUUUAUGGUAAAGCCGAUGUGAUGGAGAAGGCUAUUUUGUCGUCUAACAUUAGGGGUUGUUUUUGGGUCGGAGGAAAGCCAGAGCUGAUCGAAUUCUCUCCCCAUAUUUCAAGAGUUAGUUUGUGCAGAGAUGUAGAUUUUUCUCAGCAGGCUGAGCGUGUGCCCUCUUCUGUGUGGAAAUGAAGUAGAUUUGAUACAUAUUCUUCUGUCCUCCUGUGAGAAUGCCUUUCACUUGCUCAGAAACACAGCUAAUGUAAUGCAAUCUAAUGUAAUGUAAACUGCAUAUAAUAUGUAGCAGUGGGUCAGUCAGAUGAACGGAUUUGGACAUGUUUUUUUCACACAUAUCCCCUUUCUCAGUUCAAUUUUUGACUUGUUUUAUACUGUAAGUAGAUACAUGGUGACGGAGCUGUGAUUCAAUGAAAUAGUUUGUGUGUUGAUGCUCUUUUAACUCAAGUACAGAGCUUCUGAACAGCACUUGUCUUUGUAAAUAAUCACUUAAUGUACAGAAACCACGGCUGAAAUGAGCUCGCUCUCUUAUACGAGACCAGUGUCAGCACAUUUGCUGUGCGUUGUUUCUCUUUUUUCUGACUUUCUGUCUUUCUUUUUUUAAUUAAUUAAUCAUGUGCAAUAUGUAUGUUUCAGUUUUGUCAAUUCAGCCAGUUGGUUGAUUUUGUUUGUCGUUUCUGUUAUCAUAUUUCCAAUAUCAUACUUCAAACCCCAUAUUGUUUCUCACCCCCACCCACAUCUUAUUCUCCCUAGUCUCUGUUUUACCUGCAACCUACAGUCAGGAAUGUUGACUAAAGUACUCUUGCAUGUAUAUUGUACAAAAUAUUCUCUAGAUAUUGCAUAUUUCCAGAGAUAUUAUCAGUGUUACAGUUGACCGUUGUUAAAUGAGUGAUGAUGAUGAUGAUGAUGAUGAACAUAUUAAAAUCUGUAGACUUCUCUUCAUUCAAAA